GCCGAGGACCAGUUGCCUGAUCAAAACCUUUGACCUGAGGGGUUGACUUACUGCACAACAUCUUCUCAUCCUGAAGGCUGGAACAGUUUUCAUGACUGCAGUGAUGAAGGCAAUCUUUGCUCCACUGUGUUUUCUCCUUUGCUGGAUGCUGCCUGUUGACUCCAUGGCGAUCAACCCCACUGUCCGAGAUGCCGUCCCAAGCAAACCGCUGAGCAUGGUUGAAGAUUCAGUUGAUGACAUGUACUUUGGCUGCAAAGACGCAAUGAUGGAAAAAGUCAAGAACAAAUACAUUAAGGAAGAAAAGGACAGAAUACCAUUUGCAGAAGCUUGGAGUGAAGCAGAGAGAUGUGCUGAAGAGAAACUGAAGCACACAAAGCACAUGGCUCUAACCAAAGAUCACAUCAAGGCAAUCUGUGCUUAUACGUCUGACAAACUGUACAAGCCUUUUAAUGCUGCAGUCCGGACAGAAAAGAGCAUCUACGGGUCCUUAUUCCAGUUCCACUCUUUACAUUUCCUGCUCACAUCUGCCAUACAGAUAUUGAAUAGCAAGUACCACUGUCACACCACUUACAGGCGUACCAGUUUAAGGUUUACUGGCGAAGUCCACCAGAUUAUUCGGUUUGGUACCUUUGCCUCCAGCUCUUACAGAACAGACUUGACAAAAUUUGGUAACGAGACCUGCUUUAAAAUCAAGACCUGUUCAGGUGCCUCUUUGAAGAGUUAUUCAAUGUAUAAGGAUGAGGAAGAAGUGCUCAUCCCCCCCUAUGAGACAUUCAAGAUAACUGAGAUAAUUAAUGGCAAGGUUAACAUUCAAGGUCUGAAUGAUUGUAAAGUCAUCUACGUCCUGGAGAGUGCAGGCGGUCGGAGCAUUCUGAACUGCAAACUUCUGGACCCGUGAGAGUCCAGCAGGUGGGGAAAGGCAUUCUUUAAACCAUCUUUAAACAUUCUUACUCUCCUGUCACAACUGAAUGUUAUAUAACAUAGUGCAUUCUCUACAAUCUGUAUCUUUGUGCUUCGGGUUUGUGUGGUCAUUGCAGGCUUAUGUGUUACACUUUUCUUCAGGAACAUUUUAAACAUUGUAAAAAUUCCUGCAAGUGAACACUUGUCAUUA